AUGCAGUCCGGGGCUGGGGGGCAGCAAGGAGGUGGGGGAGGAGGGCAUGGGCGGAACAUGGUGGCAUCUGCCUCCGCUUCGCCGUCCUCUUCCUCCUCAGCUGUGUCGGCUUCGCACCUAGCAUUUGAUCAGCAGCAGCAGCAGCAGCAGCAGCAGCAACAACAGCAAAGACAGCCAUUGCAACAGCAGUUUUUGAGGAGAUCUGAGGGAAAAGAGGCCCUUUUAGCUCACCAAGCUGGCAAUGUCCAUGGAGGGGCCAAUUUUGCUUCAGCAUCUGGGUCCAUGCAGAUACCUCAACAGUCUAGGAAGUUCACUGAUUCAGGCCAACACCAUGUUUCUCUUAACAUUCCAGAGCAGGCUCUCAAUAGGAGUCAAGGCUUUGAGCAACAAAUGUUGAAUCCCAUUCAACAGGCUUACCUGCAAUAUGCUUUCCAGGCCGCCCAACAGAAACCAACAGCAGGAUUGCAAUCUCAUCACCAAAUGAAACCGGGAAUGUUUGGUGCUCUUGGAAAAGAUCAAGAUAUACGGAUGGCUAAUAUAAAAAUGCAAGAGCUCAUGUCUCUCCAUGCAGCUAAUCAUUCCCAGCCAUCCUCCUCCAAGAUAUCAUCUGAGCAGUCUGGCCAGGUUGAGAAAGCAGAUACUGUUAAGCAGCCCAUAUCUGGUCAGAGAACUGAACCAAAGCCCGACAACCAACCAACGUUACUUGGUCAAGUAGUCCCAGCAGCAUCUAUGCAGGGUGGGCCACAAUCCCAGCAAAAUAUCAUGAAUAUGACAAACAACCCGAUUUCUGCUCAGGUGCAGGCCAUGCAGGCUUUGGCACUUGAGCGGAAUAUUGACCUGUCAAAUCCUGCAAGUGCAAAUAUGUUGGCACAGCUUAUUCCGCUCAUGCAGGCCCAGAUGGCUGCUCAACAAAAAGCAAAUGAAAGCAAUGCUGGUGCACAGUCUGCAACUGUGCCAAAACGGCAGGUUCCAACAACCAAAGUUGCAAAUGAAAGUUCUCCCCGUGGGAAUUCCUCAGGUGAUGUCUCAGGGAGAUUUGGCUAUUCUAAUGCUAGGCAGACAGUUGGUAGUGAUCCUCCUGGUGUAACCUCGAAUGCAACUAUCGUUAACAGUUCUGGUAAUAAUCCUGUACAACAGUUUUCUGUGCAUGGUAGAGAUAACCAGUUACCCCCAAGACAUCCUGCUCUUCUUGGCAACCCAAGGUCCCCUACAAAUCCAUUUCAGUCAUCUGUAAAUUUGAGUCAGGUAGUGGACAUUUCUUUGCCAGCAAAAAAUUCGGCGUCUGGCCUGGAAGUUCUUCAAGGGCAGCAUGCCAGGCAACUUAAUCAAUCUCCUUCGCAUUGUGCAACUUCGUCUAAUGAUGGGGGUGUUGUAAAUUCAUCUACAUAUCAGGGUGGACCUCAGAUGUGCCAGCAGCAUAUUGGUUUUACUAAGCAGCAACUUCAUGUUCUUAAAGCACAAAUACUUGCAUUUAGGAGGCUGAAGAAAGGAGACGGAACUCUGCCACGUGAGUUGCUCCAAGCUGUUGCUCCGCCACCACUUGAGCUGCAGAUCCAACAGAUGUUUCAUCCUCCUGGAACUGUUAAUAAGGAUAGAUCAGCUGGAGAAAAUUUAGAUGGGCAUGCACGGCAUGUGGAAUCAAGUGAGAAGGGGCCUCAGGUUGUAACAUCAUCUGGUGGACUAUAUGAUUCAAAGGAGGAAGUUUCAGCAGGUGAUAAGCUAGCUGUUUCAACAGUUAAUGUGCGUGGCAUCCCAGUUGCAACAAAGGAACUGGGGAUAGAGGUUGCUCCUGGAAAAGAAGAGCAGCAAACUGUAGAACGUUUGGGGAAAUCUGAUCAGGAGGCUGAACCAGGUAUUCAAAAAACGCCUGUCACGAUUGACUUAUCUGCGGAUAAGGGUAAAGAAGUGGCCACACAUACUGCUGUUUCUGAUGCAAUUCAAGUUAAGAAACCUGUUCAAGCAGGUAACAUGACUCAGCCUAAGGAUGCAGGUUCAACAAGAAAGUAUCAUGGGCCGUUAUUUGAUUUCCCUGUCUUCACCAGGAAACACGACACUUUUGAAUCAUCUAUGAUGAAUAACAGUAAUAAUUUAACCCUGUCAUACGAUGUUAAGGAUCUUUUUGAGGAAGAAGAAAUUUGGAAAAGGAAAAGGGCAGAAAAAAUAGAGAAGAUUGAUAAAAUAUUAGCUGUAAACUUGGAGAGGAAGAGGAUUAGACCAGAUCUUGUCAUACGGCUACAAAUCGAAUCAAAAAAACUCCAGCUCGCAGAGCGUCAGGCGCGCUUGAGGGACGCGAUUGAGCAACAGCAACUAGAAAUUAUGGCAAUGCCUGAAAGACCAUAUCGGAAAUUUGUUCGGCUAUGUGAGCGUCAACGACAGGAGAUUAACAGACAAUCGCAGGCCAAUCAGAGAGCAACAAGAGAAAAGCAACUGAAAUCCAUAUUCCAGUGGCGCAAGAAGCUUCUUGAGGCUCAUUGGGCCAUCCGUGAUGCUCGAACUGCUCGGAAUAGGGGGGUCCACAAGUAUCAUGAAAGGAUUUUGAGGGAGUUCUCAAAGAGGAAGGAUGAUGGUCGUAAUAAAAGGAUGGAAGCAUUGAAGAAUAAUGAUGUAGAGAGAUACAGGGAGAUGUUGCUGGAACAACAAACUAAUAUACCCGGGGAAGCUGCGGAAAGAUAUGCUGUUCUCUCAUCAUUUUUAACCCAAACUGAAGAAUAUCUUCACAAACUGGGAAGUAAAAUAACAGCUGCUAAAAAUCAACAGGAGGUUGAGGAGGCUGCCAAUGCCGCAGCUGUUGCUGCACGUGCACAGGGCCUCUCUGAAGAAGAAGUAAGAGCUGCAGCGGCCUGCGCUAGAGAGGAAGUAAUGAUACGGAACAGAUUCUCUGAAAUGAAUGCACCAAAAGAUAGUGCAUCUGUUAACAAGUAUUACAACCUCGCACAUGCUGUAAAUGAAAUAGUUAUUAGGCAGCCCUCAAUGUUACGAGCCGGAACAUUACGAGAUUAUCAGCUUGUUGGUUUACAGUGGAUGCUUUCUUUGUAUAACAACAAAUUAAAUGGAAUUUUGGCAGAUGAGAUGGGUCUUGGCAAGACUGUGCAGGUUAUGUCAUUGAUUGCUUAUUUGAUGGAGUUCAAAGGAAAUUAUGGACCACAUCUUAUCAUUGUUCCUAAUGCUGUUAUGGUGAACUGGAAGAGUGAGUUUCACAAUUGGCUUCCAACUGUCUCUUGCAUCUUCUAUGUUGGUUCGAAAGACCAAAGGUCAAAAUUGUUUUCUCAAGAAGUGUUAGCAUUGAAGUUUAAUGUCCUUGUGACAACCUAUGAAUUCAUUAUGUAUGAUCGUUCAAAACUGUCAAAAGUUGACUGGAAGUAUAUCAUAAUUGAUGAAGCGCAACGGAUGAAGGAUAGAGAAUCGGUUUUAGCUCGUGAUCUUGAUAGAUAUCGUUGCCAAAGACGCUUGCUUCUCACUGGGACACCGUUGCAGAAUGAUCUUAAAGAACUUUGGUCACUUUUAAACCUACUGCUCCCGGAAGUCUUUGACAAUCGCAAGGCAUUUCAUGAUUGGUUCUCGCAGCCAUUUCAAAAAGAACUUGCACAAAAUACUGAGGAUGAUUGGCUUGAGACUGAAAAGAAGGUAAUCAUUAUCCAUAGACUUCACCAAAUUCUGGAGCCAUUCAUGCUUAGACGGCGUGUUCAAGAUGUAGAGGGAUCACUUCCUCCCAAGGUUUCAGUUGUUUUAAAAUGCAGAAUGUCGGCUAUACAGAGUGCCAUUUAUGACUGGAUCAAAUCCACUGGAACUCUUCGAGUUGAUCCAGAAGAUGAAAAGCGCAGGGUUCAAAAAAAUCCUAAUUAUCAGGCUAAAAUAUACAAACCUUUGAAUAAUAGAUGUAUGGAGCUCAGAAAAGCUUGCAAUCACCCAUUGCUCAAUUACCCUUACUUUAGUGACUUAUCAAAGGAUUUUCUUGUGCGAUCGUGUGGAAAAUUGUGGGUUCUGGAUAGGAUUCUGAUGAAGCUCCACAGAACAGGACAUCGAGUACUGCUGUUUAGUACAAUGACAAAACUUCUUGAUAUAAUGGAGGAAUAUUUACAGUGGCAACGGCUUGUCUACAGGCGAAUUGAUGGGACAACUAGCUUAGAAGAUCGUGAAUCUGCUAUUUUGGACUUCAACAGUCCUGAUACUGAUUGCUUUAUCUUCUUGCUCAGUAUUCGUGCUGCUGGGAGAGGUUUGAAUCUUCAGUCUGCUGAUACUGUUGUCAUAUAUGAUCCUGAUCCAAACCCAAAAAAUGAGGAACAGGCUGUUGCUCGAGCCCACCGUAUUGGGCAGACUAGGGAAGUGAAAGUCAUUUAUAUGGAAGCUGUAGUUGACAAAAUCUCCAGCCAUCAGAAAGAGGAUGAAUUCUUGAGUGGAGGUACAUUUGAUUCAGAUGAUGACCUAGCUGGUAAGGACCGAUAUAUGGGUUCCAUUGAGAGCCUCAUUAGGAAUAAUAUCCAACAGUAUAAGAUUGACAUGGCUGAUGAAGUUAUAAAUGCCGGGCGAUUUGAUCAGAGGACUACACAUGAAGAGAGACGCAUGACCUUAGAAACUCUGCUGCAUGAUGAAGAGAGAUAUCAAGAAACAGUACACGAUGUUCCCUCACUUCAUGAAGUAAACCGCAUGAUUGCUCGAAGUGAAGAAGAACUGGAGCUCUUUGAUCAAAUGGAUGAAGAACUUGACUGGACAGAGGAGAUGACUCGAUAUGAUGAGGUUCCACUGUGGCUUCGUACUAGUUCCAAGGAAGUGAACACUACCGUUGCUAAUUUAUCGAAGAAACCAUCAAAGAAUACCUUAUUCAGAGGAAGUAUCAGCAUGAAUUCCAAUGAAGUGGCUUCUGAGAUGCCAAGAAAAAGAGGGCGGCCAAAGGGGAAAGUUCCUAUUUACACAGAAUUGGAUGAAGAAACUGAUGAUUUUUCUGAAUCUAGUUCCUGGAGGAUUGAACAUUCUCUACAAGAAGAAGUUGGGGAAUUUGAAGAUGAUGAGUUUACUGGGGCACCAGCUCCAGUUAGUAAAGAUCUGUCAGAAGAAGAUGGUCCUCUUUCUGCUGAUGCAUAUAAAUACCAAAAAGCUUUAGAAAUCACGGGAAACAAUGGUAUACUUGGAGAAGGUGGUUCAUCCGGCUCUUCUUCACACAGUCGAAGAUUAGUGCAAAUAGUUUCUUCUGCAUCUUCUCAGAAGUUUGGAUCUCUUUCUGCUUUAGAUGGCAGGUCUAAUUCCCGUUCAAAGAAGUUGGCGGAUGAAUUAGAGGAAGGGGAAAUUGCUGUUUCUGGGGAUUCUCAUAUUGACCACCAGCAAUCUGGUAGUUGGAUGCAAGAUCGAGAUGAAGGUGAAGAUGAACAAGUUUUGCAGCCUAAAAUAAAACGGAAACGAAGUAUUCGGCUUCGUCCACAGCAUACUGCCGAUAGAUCAGAAGAGAAGUAUGGCGAGAAGUUGUCAAUUCAUUGCGGGGAUGCUUCUCAGUUGCCAUUCCAGAUGGAUCACAAAUAUGACUCACAAGCUAGGGAUAACAGUGCACUUAAAGUUCAUGGAAAAUCUAGUUUGUUAAAACAUGACAAAACCGAUUCAUCCUUCAAAAAUAGGCGGAAUUUACCCUCAAGGAAACUUAUAAGUUCGGCUCAAUUGCAAGUUUCAGGAAAAUCUGGCAGGGGAAAUCGUGUUUCUUCUCCUUCAAUUGAUGAUGAUGAAUACCCAAGAGAAAAUUGGGAUAGCAAAGUCAUGAAAGGGGCUAAAAGUGGUGGCAGUAAGAUGUCUGAGGUCAUCCAGAGAAAGUGCAAGAAUGUUAUUAGCAAGCUCCAAAGGAGAAUAGACAAGGAAGGGCAUCAAAUAAUUCCGCUGCUAAGUGAACUGUGGAAAAGAAUUGAAAAUUCCAGUGCCACGGGUGCGAUGGGAGAUAACUUUCUGGACUUACAAAAGAUCAAUCGGCGCAUUGACAAAUCUGAGUACAGUGGAGUAAUGGAGCUUGUAUCUGAUGUUCAGCUUAUGUUGAAGUGUGGGAUGCAAUAUUACGGGUUGUCAUAUGAGGUGAGAUCUGAAGCAAGAAAGGUGCACGAUCUUUUCUUUGAUAUCUUGAAGAUAGCAUUUCCGGACGCUGAUUUUGAAGAAGCCAAAAAUUCAGUCUCUUUCUUCAGCCCAGUAUCUACACCGGCCUUGGGUUCAUCAUCAAGACAGAAGUCACAGAGUCGAGAGUCUGUUGAUACUGUUGAAGACACUAAUUUAGGGAGCAUUUUGCCUCAAAAGGAGUUGAGACUUGGAAGUAGCAGCGGUCGGGAUCUUAGCCAACCGGACGAAUCGCGCACGCUCACUCAUCCAGGAGACCUUGUUAUCUGCAAGAAGAAAAGGAAAGAUAGAGAGAAGACUUCUGUGAAGUUGGGGAAAGCGUCAGCAGGUCCCGUCUCUCCUACUGGCCUCAUUCGAAAUAUCCGAAGUUCCGGCUCGAACUCAGGCGGGAAGGAUGUGGGAUUUAGCCAUCAAAAUACCCAACAAGGGUGGGCUGCCCUUUCUCCUCAACCGGGGAAUAGUGGUAGUAUUGGCAGCACUGUUGGGUGGGCGAAGCCUGUAAAGAGAACGCGAACUGAUGCAAGGAGGCGGCCUAGCCAAUUGUGA